CAAAAUUCACCCUUAAACCCCUAGCCGGCUUUCCUCUGUUCCCGCCGCCUCGCACCACCGGCCCGAUCCUCCUGUACCCUCCUCCACUUCCACUGUUAGAAUCUAACGGAAAUUUCUCAAAUCUUUGUCUGAAAUCAGUUGGGUAUGCCCACUUCUUCACAACUCACUACUCUGCUCAAGAAGAUUCGUCUUUCCUCAAGCCCUUCGAAACUUCCCAUCAAGAAUCCUGUUGGAGUUGAAGUUCGAGCUCGACCCUUCUCCUCUCUACCUUCGAGUACAACUCAAAAAAGAUGGAGCUAUUUCUCAGAAGAUGAUUCUGAGACUGAAACGAGUCCAGUGUACAACCAUGCCCUCAAGUUCCAGCGCCCGUCCACCAUAAUAUACGGCGGGAAUUCUGUCAACAGUCGUCCCCUGAACCUGGAAUGGCCAUGCUCCAGCCAAUAUCAAAAGCAACCUGCUAAUUCUGUUAGCUUGAUUGGAACAAUUGAGCGUCCGUUAAAAAGAAUUCAAAAUUUUGAUCGAUAUGGGGUUCAUACGAUGCUCAACGUCCAGGCCUGCCCUAAAUCUAAAAACACUUUUAGGAUUCUGUUGAAAAUGUGGGAUGAGAUGGCAGAGAUGUCGAUGCAUCAUCUAAAACCGAACGAUUUUGUAUACAUUUGGGGCAAUUUAGGAUCAUACAUGAAGGCUGACAAAAAUGGUAAUCCCAGGAUGUUUUAUGAGGUUAUUGCUAAGGAAUUAAAUUAUGUAGCACAGCAGAGAGAAAAAACAGUGCAUCAACAGGCUGAGAAAGUAGAUGUACAAGGUGAAGAUUAUGAAGAGAGACGAAGAAACCGGCUUCAUUUAUGGCAAGUAUUCUUUGCAAAUCCAUAUGAGUGGAAGGAUUUCCGGAAUAGCAAGGCAAAACCUAAUCAUCCAGAUUUCAAGAACAUGUCUACUGAUGAAGCUCUCUGGCUUAGGGCCAGUGAUCCACCGUGGAUCAAAAAGCAACUCGAAUUUGUUGAUUCUGCAUCGGCAGGACUAAAUUUAGGAGGACAUAUGAGUUCCACAUCUUUCAGGUCCCUUCUUGCCAAUGAUACCGGAGAUGGAACAGGAGAACCUACUGGAGGAGAAGAAAUCAAGUAUGUCGCUUAAGUGGGCAAAGAAGUUAGUCUAUGACAAUUAUGCAUGCUAUAUUUCCGACAUGACUAGUUGGUCUCUUCCAAACAGAGGAAAGGGUUCAUGGACUUUGGGAGAGUAAACAGUCAUGCGUCUGGACCUAAUAAGGUCUUGCAGCUUUGAUUUUAAGAAGGUUUAUCAGAGAUUUCUUAGGGGUCUGCUCCCUGUGAAUUAAGCUGUACAGAAAUUAAUAUUUGAUAAAUUACAUUGUUUUGUAAGGUUGUGCCAGAGUCUUCUUCGUCAUAGGGUCCAUAUGGCUUGAUCUCAACUACAAUCAGAAUGCUACACAUAACUCAAAUUUUCAUUCUGACAAAAUCUUGAUUGAGAGAUUUAUAGUUCUUCAUAUUGUUAUUCGCGGUUUGUUAAGCUUUCAACGGAGAAUGGUGAAGAAGGGCUUUUCUAUUA